UGAUAAGUUAGGUUAGCUUAGGUUAAGUUAGGAUUAGUGUAUAUGUAAUGUUUCCGUUGUUACACAAGAAUUGAUCAGAAAGAGAUUAUCUUGUGAUUGAUAAGAAACGGGGAAAUCCUGCAGUUUAUUAGAUUUGCUAUUGAAUAUAUAUAUAUAUAUAUAUAUAUAUAUAUAUAUAUAUAAUUAAUUUAAUAUAUAUAUAAAUAUUAAAUCUGCACAUAAUACAACGUUAUGAAAAUCAAAACAAAGAUGAGGGAUUGAUAUAGUCGUAUGUGUCACUUAAAUGUAAUAAAAAUGACAUAUCCUGGAUUAGUAUUACUUGUCGGAGUUGGAGUUGGAAUAGCAACUUUUUUGUAUUAUGUAUUCACCGAAAAUAAUCGCACGGAUGAACAGUAUUCGUCGUAUUCGAGAAGUAACAGAAGAUCGUCUGAAGACUGUUAUGAAGACCGAUCUUGGUCAACAUCAUCGCAUCCAACUGAAAAUGCUCUAUUAAAUAGAAGAAGUUCAUCAAAUUCUUCGAAAAGUAAAGAAAGAAGAGAUUUUGUGACAAGUAAAGAUGAUAUAAACAAUUGUUCAAUCUGCCAAUAUGCAAUAGUUGAUUCUGAUGUAAUACAAUUGCAUCCUUGUAGACAUAAUUUUCAUAAGGACUGCAUUAAUGAAUUGAUAAGAAAAUAUGGGGCCCUUUGUCCUAAUUGCAGAAGAAAAUUUGAACCGCGAUAUAAAUAAAUCAUGUGUGUGUGUGUGUGUGUGCGUCUGUGUAUGAGUACACAUCCAUCACUAUUGCAUGCAUGUAUGUACAUAUAUGUGUUGCGUAUGUGCGUAUAUAUGUAUAUUUAUAUGCGCAUACAUGCACGCAAGCACACACACACACAAUACUUGGAGAAUUACUUUGUACAGUUAUAUUUUUACAAAUUUAGUGAUUACAUGAUUUUUUUUAAAUUUCUUAGCUUAAAUAUUUGAUAUAUUUGCAUAAAAUGCUCAUGGUAAUAUACAAAAUUUAUAAUCAUUUUAUAUUAAUUAUCUUGUUGCCGGAAUCGAAAUAUUAUUUAUAUUACAUAUACAUGUGUAUUUCCAAAAUUUCAAGUCUUUGAUUGUACGCUUUACAGAAAAUAAAAAAUAAAAACUUAUUUAUAUUAUUAGAUAUUAUUUGCAAAGAUACAUAUUAGGGAGAGUUACUAAAUGCAUACCACGUAAGUUAUUUGUCAUUUUCCAUUUGGUAUACUAAUUUGUACACAAUGGAAAUUGUAGCUUGAUGUUUUAAGUACUUAUUACAAUGUUUAACUUUUCACAAUAACAAAUUCAUUUAUUAUAUGCUUUUUGCAACAUGCUGCAAAAGAUGCAAUUUAUGUAAUCUAUCACCUAAAUUAUAUCUGUGGGUUUCCUAAAUCGCCAUUGAAUGUAUCAAAUUUAUGAAUUAAAAUAAUUAAGAAUGUAUAAGGAGAAAGAGAAUCAUAAAAUAAUGUUUUAUUUUCUUGUUACUUUAUUAAAAAUUUAGCUAGAUAAAAUCAUAUAAUUUUAUCUUUAUCUAUAUAAAUUAAAAUUAAAUCAUAUUUAUCUUAUUUAAGAUACAUUUACAUAUAAUUUAUCUUAUCUUCAUCUAGAUAAUUUUGUUAUGUAAGCACAACACUAGUUUUAUCUGAUUUUCUUUUAAAAUAUAUUGAUAUGCACAAAACAACCAUAUAGCUUGUUAAAUUUUUGUCUAUAUUAUUUAUUUCUUAUUUAUUUUUUAUUUUUGUCACCAAAUGUUGCUUACAUUAAGUAAAAAUGUAAUUGAUAAAGCACGAUUUAGGUAAUCGAUAUGCAUUCAUCAACUCUUUUUUACAUAUAAAUUAUUGGUUUUUAAAGAUAUUCUAAAUUCUAAAUUCUUUGAUCGAUUAUUCAUUAUCUAUCUGCUGUAAAAAGAAAGCAAUAAUACAAUAUAUAACAACAAGAUAUACAUAAAGCCAGCAGUAUCAUUAAACAAUUUUACGAUUGCAAGAUCUGAAUACUUUCUAUUAAACAAGUAUCCACUGUAAUUUUCUCUCCUUUUAUUAUUAUCAACUAAAUUGAAUAGCCUUUUUUUAUUACACUAAAUCAUGAUUCAUGUAAAAAAAAUGAAAUUAUAUUUAUUUGUAUCUUUCCAUUUUUCUUCAAUGAUAAAGAAAUUUCAGUUAAAUUUACUUAGGCAUCAGAAAAUUGUAUUUAAUGAAUGAAAUUGAAAUAGUUGGUCAUGCUAUAUAUAAGAAAUUAGUAGAGUCUGACCGAAAAUUUGGUUUUGGUUGUGAUCAUUUUCGACUAAAAGUUGAAGUUUUGAUUAAAUUUCGGUUUUGAGCGAAAUUGGAAUUUCGACAGAACUGAACUAAUUAUAAUUUGCAAUAACUUGUAAUACUGAACGGAAUAAAACAUAUAGUACGAAAAAACAUUGAAAAUUUAUAUAGUUAAUAUUACUGAUAUGAGCUUUCGCGGUUGUUAAGGUGUGAGAUAAUAAAAAUAGUGACAAAUAUUUUUCAAAUUAUUUUAAAAAUAUAAUUAAUUAAUAACAUUUUUCAGUCAGUUUACAAACGUUUCGAUCCUUGAUGUGGGGGUUCUCUUUAAUAACAAAUAUUUAUGCCCGAAUCAGUUUCACAGUACUAUUUUAGUUCCAAAUAACCAUAAGAGAAAACUCAUAUCUGCAAUUGAUUUUAUAAUUAAUAAAUCUAUUUUUAACGCUACAAUUACUCUUUAUUUUAUUAACUUAAAAUUUAUUUUGUUUGGAAUGUUUACUAUUCAGCGAGAUUUUCCAAAAACUUGUUUAAAGAUUUUUCUUUUAAUUUUAUUAUUAUUGAGAUAAUGUGAUUAUGAUACUGCAAAUAAUGUAUAACACAUAGAUUGUGAUAAUAGAAUUGUAAUAUUAGAAUAGUGAUAAUGUUUGUAUAAUUAUUGUUUCAGAUUCCAAUAAAAGUUUUUGGUUUCGGGUUCGACCGAAAUUGACACAUAACCAAAUAUUUGUUUUCAAUUGAAAUUAUAAUAAAAAAAAAACGAUUGUUUCGGUCGGACUCUAGAAAUUAGUCUUAUCCGUCUUCAUAGACAAUUAAUUAGCAGAAGAGAUUACAUAUAUGUACGAUUAUACAAAUAGCCACUAUUAUUGUACAAAUAAUGCCUGAUGAUUGUAUGGAUAAUUAUUAAAGUGCGUUACAAUUUU